AUGUUUGAUGAUAUCCCGCAGCUUAGUAUUGCAGUUAGUCCUCCAGAUGCAGAUGUGAUCUCAAGCAUUUAUUGUGCUCUGGAAGCAAUUCAUGCAGCUUUGGCUAUCAUGGCUCAUAAUGGCAUGCCUAAGAUGCUUUAUAAAGAAGAGAAUAUUGAAAGAAUUCUGGAGUUCUCAAGGCAUCAAAUCAUGGAUGUUAUGUUCACAUGUGAUCCAGUUUAUCGUGCUUUGCAUAAACCAAACAAUGAUGGGGCUCCUGAAGAUGGGGAAGAUGAAGAACUUGGUGAUCUUGGUUCAGCAAGCAAGAAAAGACGCACUUCAAUUGGUGCAAAAGUCAGGAAAUCAAGAACAAGCAGGAUGUCUUCUGUCGCGAAUGUUGUACUUCAGAAGCUGUGCACAAUUCUCAGUUUUCUCAAGGACUUGCUAUCGAUAGAGCGCUUAUCAGAUAGUUGCAUUCUUCAACUUUUGAGAGUUAGUUUACAGACAUUACUGGUUGACAAUAUCCAGGUUUUGCAGCUGAAGGCAAUCGGUUUAAUUGGUGGGAUAUACCACACUUACACUCAACAUCGAGCUUAUGUGAUGGAUGAAACUCUUCAAGUCCUUUUGAAGUUACCAUUCUCGAAGCGUGUACCAAGGGCUUAUCAUCUUCCCGAUGAAGAACAGAGGCAGAUUCAGUUAAUCACUGCUCUAUUGAUUCAAGUGGUCCACUACAGUGCAAAUCUUCCCGAAGUUCUUAGGGGAGCAUUGAGAAAUUCUUCACUAGAAAUCUCAAUUGAUGCUGAAUUCCCUACAAAAUGCCAUGAAGCAGUCACUGAGUCUUGCUGUCUCUUCUGGAGUCGAGUACUUCAGCGAUAUACUGGCACCAAAACCCAGGAUGCAUCUGAGCUGAAGAUAAUGAUGGAGAAUAUUGUAAUGGACUUGCUGACAACCUUGAACUUACCUGAGUAUCCUGCUUCGGGUCCUAUUUUAGAGGUUCUUUGUGUCUUGCUCCUGCAGAAUGCUGGGCCCAAAUCGAAGGAUACUGCUGCUCGUACAAUGGCCAUUGACCUUCUCGGCACAAUUGCUGCAAGGUUGAAACAUGAUGCUGUCCUUUACAGGAAGGAAAAAUUUUGGAUUGUACCGGAGUUUAUAAGCGUUGACAGUGUCGAUCCCGACCAUCCAGGCGAUGCUUGUUCUGUUUGUAUGGACACAAGGAUUGAAAAAUCAUUGUUUGUAUGCGAAGGUUGUGAAAAACCUUUUCAUGUUGAUUGUAUAGGAGGAAGAGAGCAAGAAGUUCCUUCUCGCAAUUCCUAUUGUCAGAUCUGUAUCUGUGAGAAGCAACUUCUCGUCUUAAAAACGUACGGUGAGAAUCAAGGCCAGGAUGGCCAGAAAAGCAAUCGAAAUCAUUCUGGAAAUUCUUCUCGUGCAGCAGAUACAAUUACGAAACAGGAGAUUAUGCAACAGAUGCUUCUGAAUUAUUUGCAGGAUGCAGGGUCCACCGGUGAUCUGCACCUCUUUAUCCGAUGGUUUUAUCUUUGUCUAUGGUACAAAGAUGACCCUGGUUCUCAACAGAAGUUCUACUACUACCUUGCAAGGUUGAAGUCUAAAGAAAUUAUACACGACUCUUGUUCACGCUUAUCCUUUCUGACUAGGGAUUCAGUGAAAAAAAUUACUUUGGCGUUGGGACAAAAUAGUUCCUUUGCUCGAGGAUUUGACAAGAUUCUUCAAAUGCUCCUGGCAAGUCUGAGGGAGAACUCACCAGUGAUUCGUGCCAAGGCAUUGCGUGCGGUUAGUAUCAUUGUUGAAGCAGAUCCCGAGGUUUUAUGCGAUAAGAUUGUACAGACAGCUGUUGAAGGGAGAUUUUGUGACUCUGCUAUAUCCGUUAGAGAAGCCGCACUUGAACUUGUUGGUCGUCAUAUUGCUUCACAUCCUGAUGUUGGUCUAAAGUAUUUUGAGAAGGUGGCAGAAAGAAUAAAGGACACUGGAAUAAGUGUUCGGAAACGAGCUAUCAAAAUUAUCAGGGACAUGUGUACCUCUAGUUCUGAUUUUUCAGAAUUUACCACUGCUUGUGUCGAGAUAAUUUCCCGCAUCAAUGAUGAAGAAGCCAGCGUACAGGACCUUGUUUGCAAGACAUUUUAUGAGUUUUGGUUUGAGGAGCAUUCUAGCUCGCAGAGCCAUCUUUAUAAAGAUGGUAGUUGUGUCCCAUUGGAAGUUACUAAAAAGACAGAGCAGGUUGUUGACAUGUUGCGAAGGCUGUCCAGUCACCAACCUCUUGUGACUGUCAUUAAACGCAUCUUAACCCUUGAUUUCUUCCCGCAAUCUGCUAAAGCUGUUGGGGUCAACCCUGUGUUGCUUGCUUCAGUACGCCAUCGCUGCGAGUUAAUGUGCAAAUGUUUGUUGGAAAAAAUAUUGCAGGUUUCCGAAAUGAGCAGCGAGGAAGGAGAAGGGCACAUGAUUCCCUAUGUUCUGCUCUUGCAUGCCUUUUGUCUUGUGGAUCCUACACUAUGUGCACCAGCUUCUGAUCCUUCCCAGUUUGUGGUCACCCUACAACCAUAUCUGAAGAGUCAGUCGGACAAUCAAGUAUCUGCACGGCUGCUGGAGAGUAUUAUAUUCAUAAUUGAUUCUGUCUUGCCCUUGAUGCGGAAAUUUCCUCAAAGUGUUGCUGUAGAGCUUGAACAAGAUUUAAAGCAAAUGAUUGUCAGGCAUUCUUUUUUGACAAUUGUCCAUGCUUGCAUCAAGUGCUUGUGUUCAGUGAGCAAAGUAGCUGGAAAAGGUGCUGGUAUUGUUGAAUAUCUUAUUCAGUUAUUCUACAAACGUCUAGAUGCUCUUGGGUUCGAUAACAAGCAGGUUGGUAGUUCCGUAAUGAAAUUUUAUGAUCUCUUAAAUGUUAGCUUCUCAAUGUUUGGCUAAUUACACCUGUCGAGAUCGAGAGAGAGAGACAAACUAAUCUUC